UAUGGAUAGAGGAAUAUUAAAAUUAGUAAUUAAAGGUCAUCACCAAAUAAAAAAAUUAAAUUACCGAGUAAAACGUUUUGAUGAUGGGAAGUGGCAUAAAUUGGAAAUAAUUAAAAAAGGAAGAGAAAUUGGGUUAAAAGUCGACGAAUUUACAACAGAAAAGCUUUUGGAUGCUCCUUCCCCAAAAGUUAUGCGUCGUCGAAUGUAUAUUGGAGGAGUAAUUAAUAAACACAGAAGAAUGUUUAAUUUACCAAGGAACCGAUUGCCGCCAAGUUUUGAUGGAUGUAUUAAACAUUUUAUUGUGAAUGGCCAUGAGUGGGAUUUGAAUUUAAGCAGCAAAGAUAUAAUUCCCUGUGCACACUCACUAGGAAUUGGAUAUAUUCACAAUAAUGGUUUUGCUGCUUUUUCAUCUCUGGAUCAACUGAAACCUCUAACUACAACAAAAGGAAAAAAGCCAAAAGAAGCCAAAACAAUAGAAUUAUCAAUUAAAUUUCGUCUUUUGCCAGAAAAUUUAAUUAAAAAUGGAUAUUUGAAAGAAAGUAAUUCGAAAACUAAAGGGAGAUUAUUAUUUGCAUUUUUGGCAUCUGGAGAUGAUUGGCAAUUAAAACCGAGAUUUGUUUUGUGGAUUGACGAUAAUGGAAUGUUCGGAUUUUCUCUUCAUUCUUCUCCACAUUUUGAACACAAUAUCCACAUUGAUACUUUCAACUUUCAAAAUAAUUCAAAGAAUUCAUUUUUAAUCUGCCCAGGUGAAUGGCAUCAUUUUCGCUUAUUUUUAUCGACAAAGGGAAUAAAAAUUGAAUUAAAUGACCAAAUAAUUAAAUUUGGAGAGCAACGUCUUCCAUUAUCUUUAAUUACUCAAUUACGUUCUUUGCCAGUUUAUGUUGGUGGAACUAAUGCAGCAAAAUCUUUAUCAUUGGGUAUUCGUUCACUUUUUGGGUGUGUUCAACAAUUCGAAAUUGAUGGAGAAAAUAUUAUUUUUGAAGAAAAAAAUGGUAAAAAAUGGCAUAAAAUAAUUAGUAAUGGAUGCCCAUUUAUUUAA